AUGUUCCCCGGCUACCUACCGGGGGCGUAUAGCAGCCACCGCCCGCGCAGCGUAGCGUCGUCGACUCUUAGCCCGAGAAACGCCGGUGUGACGACGCUGAGUAGAGAUGACGGCUCUCGCAGCGGUUCACAUCCGGUUGCACACGACACGGCGCCGACGGCACCUGCAGCAGCAGCCGCGAACCUCGUUGAGGCCGACUCAUCGCCCACUGCCUCGCCCUCCACAUUCAUCUGCCCCGACAGUCGAGUCGACACCCACUUCGACCUUCCACCAGCUCUCAUCACGUGUCUUGUGCAGCACAUAGAUGGCCAGCACCAGCCCCUCGCCACGCCGGCGAUCGUGGAGCGGUGUCUGCGCGACUUGCAGCGUCGACUCAUGCCGUGGGUGCCCGUGGAACGCGUUUUUGGGUCCACAAUGCAGGCGACAGUGCCGAUAGACGCGAGAACGUCCGGCACUGCUCAUUGGAGGGACAGCAUCGUCUCCUCUCCGGUGAGCAGCGCCGCGCCGCCGCCGACCACCACGCUGUACACCGGCUCGUACCUGGCGGGAAGCCGCGUGCGUCUUCAGCUUGCCAAGACAACCGACAUCGCCGCCGUGGUGAGUAGCACCUCGGUACUGCAUCUUCUCUUCUACGCAGUUGACGAAUCGGAUUCGAGACCGGCAGUGCUGUCGCACAUCGCGCAGGAUUGGCGCGCCGCCCUGACGCGCAAGGGCGAAGGCGACGACUGCCUGGUGCUGCUCGUGCACAGCGACCUCAUCGCCGCUGCCGAAGUCGCCUCCCGGCUUGCAGAGGAGGCACAGCAGAGUAGUGACCAGCUACCAGCUGCCCAGUCGGGGUCACCGCCACCCACUGGAAGCGCACCUGCACCGGCGCUCAGUCAGGCCCGGGUCGACGCUGCUGCUGGGCAGCUGCGCAAGUACUACAAGGAGCUCUGUGACGCAAAGUUCCUGCCACAGCAGAUGUGCGCCUACAUGCCGAACGAGACGCCGAUGCGCAUCCUCGAGCGACUGCGCUCCGCCGUCAUCAAACACGGCACGCGCCUACGUCAGGCGCUUGAGGCAUGCGCGGCGCAGAAGCGGCUGUCCCCGCAGGACCCUUUCACGAAGCCAGGGGUGUCGGCAGCUGCAAACGCAAGCACAACCGCAGAGGUCCAGCCGCCUGCCUCAGUAUCUUCUCCCAACAUCGCGACGUCACCGACCAGCGCGGCCGGAAAGGUGUUGCACACGGAUAGCAGCGCAUCGCUGCAGAUGUCGCCGCUGAAACCGCCAGUCGGUGCUGCCCCCCCGCCAUUGCUGGCGGUGCACAAGUACUGGAGCGUGCGGGACUUCUGGCGGUGCGGCUACGACCUCGCCGUGCACUAUCUUCAGUACGGUCUCGUGCUCGACGCUCGUGCGGUGCUGGAACGUCUUUUUCUCGAGUACUACAACAGCUCGGACGACUACGGCUUUCUGCGCACCCCGGUGGCGACGCUGCAGCGCUUGGGGCGGGUUUCGAACCUGUUCGAGGCGCACAGGCACACGGGUUGGGCGCAGAGCAAGUCUGGCUAUCCGCGAGGGCUGGACACUGAAGCGGAGCUGCUCGAAGGUCUGCUGCUCGUCGCGUCGUCAGAGAUGACGUGCUCGUUGCUGCUCGGCGACACUGCAGCUGCGAUGACGCGCUAUCACACGUUCAUGCAGGUCACGCGCGAGAAAUUCGACGAGCUUUCCGCUGCGGAUCGCAAGGAAAAGUCAUCGGUGCCACCACCACCGAUGCCGGCGGAGGACAGCACGCAUGGCGCGGCCCCCCUGCACUCCGCGACGUAUCAGCAAUUCUUCCUGCUGCAGUGUUACUUGUCUGGGCUGCGCAUGUGGUGGCCAAUGAGCGGGCUCUGCCGUCCACGCCGCGAGGUCGCCGCCUCUCCCGGUGCUGCCACAUCACCACCACCGCAGCUGGAGACUCUCAGCGGAAGCACCGCGGAGGAGCCGAGCAGCGCGCACGAGGGCGGCAUGGUUGCCGUGGCUGCGGACGUGGACAACGACGACGACGGAGAACGCGCAUCAACAGAGUCGUCGUGGCCCUCCUCAUCCACCGCCCCCACCACAGCGGACACCGCAAACGUGCACGACGUAGCGCCUGUGCUGAGAACCGACACCGACCGACUCGAUUCGCUCGCGCGUCUCGAUAGCAGCGGUAGGGAAGGCCGCUACUCCAUCACGAACCCGUCUUUUGCCGCGGCCCCCUCCAGCGUCCCUGGUCACUACUUCCGCAUGAACAGCGCUGGGCCCCUCUCUGGACGGUCCGGCGGUGAGCACAGCGCGAUGCAACGAGGGUUGGUGGAGGGGAGUGCGAGCGAGGGCGCGGAGACCACUAUGUGCGACCCAGAACUUACCUAUCUCUUGACGAGGUGUGAGGACACAGUGCAGGGGGCGGCCACCUAUCUUGUCGGCCUCGCCACCUCGACAGGCUUGCUUCCCGAGCACAUGGAGCUGGUGGCGCUGCAAGAUAGUGUACAAGCCAUCCGUGGCGCAGUCGACGCUGGCGACGCGCGGGCGGUGCAGGCCCUGAAGCAGCAUCAAGAGCACGUGCGCCGCAGCUGCGCAGAGGCGGCGACUCUGCUAGAGCACGCCAGAGACGCACUGGCGGCCGUCGCGCACGAUCUCGGCUACGGCAACUUCAGCUACCCAGCCAUGCACCCCGCCACCGUGCGGUUGGACACGCAAGCUGCGCAAGGCCCUUCUGGUGCCGAUGCCACCGCCACGACGGCCGCGGCGUCUUCCGCGUUAGCCAACAUCGCAGAACUAUCGUCGCCGGAGCAGGCGUUGCGGCUUUGGCGGUUGCUGACGGCGAUGGCGGCUCUCGCCGUGCGCAUCGCGGAGCAGCGGCGCCGCGAAUUCUACCUCUAUGUCCAACUCGCUGUGACCUUCCUGACGGACCACCCCAGCGUGACAGCGAACAUCGUGGCGGAGCGCCUGCUGCCGUACAUCAAGCUCCAAGGCUGGCGACGGAUCGAGCUGUUUGUGCGCCGGCUCUACGUGGAGGCACGAGAGCGGCUCAUGCACCAUGCCGGGCUGUUGGACUCCUGCAGCACUGCGGCGACCGUGCGCUCAGACGACGUGGCGCAGAGUACCGCAGUGAGCGGGUCAGAUGUGGGGCGUUGGCUUCGCGUCUUUCACACGAGCGGUGACUACGCCCUUUACCGCGAGUGCGUGCUGGUGCUACUGAGCAACAGCGGCGGCUGCGGCGAGGACGACGAGCGCUCCAGUGCUGGUGGCUCCGCCGACAGCGUUGGCGGAACGGCGGACUGCGGCGUGGCUGCUGAGUGCAUCGUCGGGUCGCUUGACAGCCGCUUCUUCUCCAUACGCACCAGGACGGAGCAGUGGCGCGAGCUAGUUCGGGUGGACGCGUUGCUGAUGAGCACCGUCCUCCACGGGGAGCCAUCUGAGUACCCGCUGGUGCACUUUACGUCUCCGCUCACGGUGAAGGUGGAGCAGAAGGCAGCCGCCGCGGUCUCAAACGGCGACAGCGCCCUUGUCAAGAGCGAAUCCUCCAUUUUGGUAGCGCCUGGCGUGCUGAAGGCGGUCGUCGGCGAUGUCGUGCAGAUCACCUUCUCGUCCGUGUACACAAUCAACCCGCUGGUACGCCCCGUCUUUCCUGCCGCAGCAGCAGGACCGAAGGCGAUGACACGCGAGACCGAGCAUGCGGUGUGGUUCCAGCUGACGCUGGAGUCGCGCAAGGACUGGAACAGCGACGAGGAGGCGACUCACGAGGUGAGCAUUCGCGACGCCGACGCAGUCCACUAUAAUGAGCAGACGCAUCGGCUGCGCGUGACUUUCACCUUCCCGGUAUGCCACGCUGGCCUCUAUCGCGUGCACCGCCUGCGCCUGUGCAACGGCGGCAUGUGGCUAGCCUACUACCCUCAGUGCAACGUCAGCGGCAGCUGCGGCGCAAGUGGGUGGGCGCCGUCUCUGGGGACUACAGGGUCGCACGCCUUCUCCACACCACGUCCGACGCACGUCAUGGUGGAACCGCUGUACCAGCUAGUCGGCCGCUCCGCGCUGCUGCAGGUGCCGGAGCAGCGCAGCAGCGUGCGUCUCCGACUCACGCUCCCACGCGAGGCCCACUGCUUUGCCGAUAGCGUCGACUACGUGACAUUGGACGUGGAGCUGGAGGACCCUCUGUCUAUCAGCACGCCGUCGGCUGAAGGCUUGGGCGGUGUCAUGUCGGCAACUUUUACGGACCCUCAGUUGGUGAGAGGACUUGCUGCGGGACCAGAGAAGCAUGGCCGGGUAGCCGGCGAAGACGGUCGUUGUCCAGUCGCGGACUGCACAUGCUCCUUCAAGGUGAGUCCAGGUAACCUUCUCUUGCCGUUGUCAGCCAGCAGAAGCGGCUUCGGUGGCGACCAGCUCGCCCACCCCCAACGCGCCGAACUGUACGUGCCGCUUGUCGUCGACGGGGCCGAAGCUCACCAUGAUGACGCAUCGCUGCGACGGGCGUCGACCUCGUCCCUCACGCAGCACUUGUUGCUGCCCCCGCCCGAGGACGACGGGGCCAACAGCGACGGCAGCGAGGCGCACACGCCGUCAGGCACGCCGCGCCUCGUUGCUGCGGUGGUGCUUGGCACCCCCAACGCUUAUCGCCAGAAAAGUGGCGCGGUGGGGGCGGGAGUGGCGCGCUCCAGCCUUGGCACCUCCAUCCCGAGCCUCAGCAUGGCCUUGUCCGGCGCUGGCCCUUCUCGAGUUACGGCACCUAGCGGCGUCAGUGGGGUUUGGGGCUCGUGCGGCUCCUUCGCCGUUCAGACCUCACAGCCGGUCGAUGCGCUGUCGCUGUCUCGACGUGUGUUGCCGAGGCCGGCCGCAACGGCUCACACGCCCUCCACCUCGCCUGCGGACGUGCAUGAGCCGGUGUGCUGCGGCGCUGCAGAGCACACGCAGCACAGCAGGUCCGUCUUCAAGUCGCAGCACAUGGGCAGCCUCCUCGGAAUGACAGCCAUGGCGGCGUCAACAGCGGCGCACUUCGAUGCGGCGGCAGCGGUAGUGCCCUCAACGGCGGCAGUCAUGAUCUAUCCAGGCGUGACGCGCAGUGACACGAAAGUCCCGCAGCAACAGCAGCGGCAGCAGUCUUCGCCUCACGCUCAUCGCUAUGCCAAAGAGCUCCACACGCCCUCCGAGCGCGGCGCACAGGACGGGUGGUUCACGGCGGGCGACGACGGGAUCAGUGGUGACGAGCGGAGGAGUCGUAGGGUAACUGCCUCUAUAUCCGGCCUCGGCUUCCCGGGCAUCCCCGGCGGAGCCGCCGCGACACCCGCGCCGUCCCUGCUGCGCCGGGUCUCCGAGGACACGCUGGAGCUGGUUCUGAUGCAUGCUGACACGGUCAUAAGGGACGACAGAAGCGCGGCCGUGACGCCGCCCAGCGCGAAGACGGCGGCAGCAAUGUCCGCCGCUCGCACCGUAGUGCCGAUUCACCUUGGCUGCUUCCUGAAGGACCUCCCAUCACCGGAGGUGCACUUGACUCCAACCAAGAGCGAUGUCGUGGCUCCUGGCACGUCGGUGCUGCGGGCGGAGUGCUGCCUCGCGGCCGACCCGCUGCGUGAGACGGUGAUUCGGCUGCUUCCCAGUACCUCGCAUGCGGUCGCACCCGCGGCUGACGCCACCGGGUCGGAGAAGGCUGGCGUCGCGGUGAGGCACAUGUGCCUCCGCCUGCCACUGCUGCCGCUCCUCACCACCCCGAUCUCCGCCGAGGCGCUGGCGAGUCAGCGACCAGAGACGGUGGUAUCCGGUAGAGGGGCGGGCAAGGACCCCACACCGCCCGCCGCGGUGGCCGCGAAUCAGGCGCGCAUCGCCUUUACCUGUCUGCGCGGUCGUGAGCCGUGCACAACCACCCUGAACGCGGUACUGCCCUUCCAAGCCGCCAUCAGCUUCAACUACGCCUUUAAGCACCUCCAGGGGCGUGUGUACUGCCUGGUAAAAAUGAAGAACCUCCUGACAAGCACCUCGCUGUGGCUGCGCGGCGCCGUGCUGCGCGUGCUCGACGCGGAGCCGUCGUAUGAGAUUGUGCGAGUGUGCGAGGUGUACAACAAACUUCUCCUUAGGGAGUGGAAGCCGCAGGAGGAGCUGAGCAUCCUCUAUGAGCUGGACCUCAUCGCUUCCUUCCGCCCUGUGCAGCCGGAGUGCACGCAUCAGGUGCAGAUGGAGGCCUUCUACUCCAGCUGGCAUCAAGCAUUCCUGACAACACCUCCAGAAAACCGGCUUGUCCUGCGCGUGACGGAGGUGACAGCAGAGAACGUCGAGGCUACUCACAAUCACGUCUUGCCGGGCGGCACCGGAGCGAGAACGAGCGAUAGUGCGGGAACGCCGCAGGGCACCGUGGCCACAAGAGUCACAGUGCCGCCAGGCAAAGUGGUAGACGUGACGGCAACCACAGGGGUGACGACCUCGCCGCUCGAUACGGCAACCACGUCCUGCUACCACAGUGACGCAGGCCCGGCCGCCGCCGCGCAGGCCGUCCGGCGUGCCUCUCUUGCGCGCAGCACCAGCAUAGACAGCAGAGGAGGCCGCUCCUUCACCCACGUCACGCACACCCACGGCAGUGCCAACAGUAGCGUCACCGGCGACAAGUCGAGCAACGAGUGCAACGGCAGUGGGGGUAGAAGCAGCAGCGGAGUCAAGAGCCAGAGAGCGGCGCCCAGCGCUGUUCACUUCAACAUAGUCACGCUGCGUCACCUGGAGGAGACGUGCAACACAGUGUGGGGCCCCGUGGCCGCCUUCCGCUCGAAGCAUCUCUGUGUCUUCAGCAUCGUCAUGUACGCGGAGUCGCCGUGGACGAUGCGCUUCGGGGCGGCGACGAACUAUGCAGCCCAGCCGCCACACCCGAGAACCACCUCGAACAUCUCGAGCAGUUGCCACGGCUCGCAGCUGAACUACUGGAGCGGGGGCAAGCCUAGCGCCACGCUGUCCUUCUUCGGGAACGCCAUGGUGGACCAGCCGUCCGACGUCGUGUUCGUCGCCGGCGAGCCGGUGCGGUUUUGCGUUCGACUGCAGCCGCAAGCGCAGAACUGGCCAGAGGACGCGGAGAUGGACGAGACCUUCUUUAUCCGCCUCAAAUACAACCCGGAGCAGUGGAUGGUGAUCGGCAAGCAGCGCGACCGCCGCACCCUCUCCUUGAUGGAGGAGGUGACGGUGUACUUCGACGCCGUCCCACUGCUUCCUCUGACGUCCGCCGAUGGCGACAGGAGUGCGGCGGGGUCGCCAACGGCGGCCGGGGCCGCGACCUCUAGAGGCGGCGGCCCCGGCAAGGGCCCUCCUCGCAGGGCUGAUGACUCCGAAAACGGAAGUGACGAGGACACGGACGAGGACAAGGACGUCGAUGCCGCUAUCAGGACAGGACGCUGGCAGCACCGCUCAGCCCGGCCCCUCGCCGGGCACGCGGUGAAGGACGAGGGCAUCCUGCAAACACCCACCGUUGAGAUGUUCUGGGAACGAAAGAAGCCAACGACGGCGACGGAUGGUGCAGCAAACCUGUCGAUGAACAGCUUCGGUGCAGGGAAGAGCAACACCUCGGCAGCUGGAGCGGAGGCAGGUCGCAGUGUGGUGGACGGGCAGUCGACGUGCGCGGACGCCGUAAUGGGUGAGGCCGUUCUUGUCGACGUGGUGCAAUUUCGUACGUGGGUGCGCGUGCGCAAGCGCGGUCACUGA